UAUAAAGCUUAUACUCGACCUGCGCUUGUACCCCCAUUCGACCUGGAUCUGAUGGCAACUGCUCUGAUCAACGUCCUUCUUGCCCACAAUGUUUAUUCGGCGCCCAUCAACCCUCACAAUAUGACUUGUUUCCUGCAAAAUGUAUCUGUUGAUUGCAACGAACUCCGGAAUUACCGAACGAUGUGGGGCAUCAUCUAUAGCUGUCUCCUUACUGUGUUUGCUUGCGUUUGGACAGCAGCACACCCAGAUCUACCAUAUCCCGGUGUUGGUGGCUCGAUGUUUCUAUCGCGCGUUAUCUCGAUGAUCAUUUCACUGGUUUUACCCGAGUUGACUCUGGGGUCUGCAUGGGUCGAAUUCGUGACAUCUGGGAGAAUAUCAGAAAAAUGCGAGAUGGUCGAAGGGUGGACCUUGACGCAUUCAUACUUUGUCGUCAUGGGUGGUUUCUUCGACCCGUCAAAAGGAAGCGCUGUGGGCCGGAACGACUUGCAGCAAUACCCUGGCAUAAUUGAGAACACCGGGGAUACUAGAAAGGCUGCAAUAGCGAGGGAGGAAAUUCUCGACAGAAGCAAAGGCGAUGGGUUUUCCAAAUUUCUCAUUGUCCUUCAACUACUAUGGUUUAUUACUCAGUAUGUCGGACGAUGGGCAAGCCAUUUGCACAUAUCGCAACUCGAGACAAUGACGCUCGCGUAUGCGGCGUUAUGCCUCCUUCUUUACGUGUUAUGGUGGCAUAAACCCGUUAACAUUCAAUUUCCAAUCCAUGUGACGAGAGGGUCUUCCGUUCCUCCGACCUCCGAGACAAAUGUCGAUCAACCAACACCUAAAACGGAGACUGAUGCAGAUCCAAUGUCCCUCGUGCAGGUGACUAACCCCAAGCAUACCAGGCAUUGGGAAACCCCCAUAUUUAUAGCCACUGGGUUGAUCUUUGGGGGAAUUCAUUGCCUUGCAUGGUCGUUUCCCUUUCCGACACGCCUGGAGAUGAUUCUAUGGCGGGUUUCAGCAAUAUCUAUUACAGUGGUUCCUAUCCUUGUAAUAAUGUUGAUGUUUAUCGUAGGUCAGGAUGACGUUAAUAGCUCACCAUUCGCGUUACCCGGUUUACUUGUUUUUUCCGCUGCGCGGAUUAUCCUCUUUGUUCUCACCUUCGAUUCUUUGCGUUCAUCUCCGCCUGAUCUGUUAUCUUGGUCAUCAUUCCUCCCGCAUUUCGGAUAGCUGUGUAUGUAC